AUGUCGAGCCAAGGUAUACCCAACGAGGCGCCACCAUCAUACACUGAUGCCGUAGGCCCCUCUUCCAAAUCGGCAGCGCAUUCGUCAAGCAAUCAUCUCAAUGUCCCAGGAGCAUCCAGUAGCCAUGCCAUCCCUCCAGAGCGCCGCCGCUCGAUGGAGGACGAGCAGCGACCCCUACCCAAAGGCUGGGUCCGCACAUUCGACCCUCACACGGAGCACCAAUUCUUCGUGGACACCACGCAAGAUCCACCCCGCAGUACCUGGGUCCACCCGUACGAUGACCAACAAUACCUGGGCACCCUAUCCAGCGAGGAUCGUGAGAGGAUAGAGCAAGAAAGCUUAGGGCGUGGAAGACCGCCAAGUAAGGCAGACGUCAUCUCUGACCACACAGAUGAGGAAGAUAUAGAUGAUAACCAUCACACAGCUGCUUCCUCAUCGUCGGCGCACGGGAAGCAGGCAGAGCUUCCACCUCGUCCGGACGACAAGGGCAAGAAGGUCGGCUUCGGACGCAAGCUGAAGGAUAAGAUGACUGGUAUGUCUCACGAAGAGCGUGCUGCUGAGCGACAGCGGCGUGCGGCUGAAGAGCAGAAGAUGUACGAGCAGCAUCAACGUACACGUACUGCUAUGGCUCGUGCGGCGCAAACUGGACAGCCGCAGUUGCUGGGCAAGGACAAGGAUGGCAAGGAUGUCUAUAUCGAGCCGCCGGCUUAUGCUGGUGGUGGAGGAUAUGGUGGAGGGUAUGGAUACAACCCCUACGGCUCUGGUGGCGUAUACUCCACGCCCAAUGCUCGCUACAUCCGUCCUUCUGCUCCGUACGGUCGGCCUUACGGUGGCGGAUUCGGAGGUGGCUAUGGCUUGCCAUUGGCUCUGGGUGGUGGCUUGAUGGGCGGUAUGCUCCUUGGUGAUAUGGCGAUGGGAGGAUUUGGAGGCGGUUUUGGCGGCGGCUUCUAA